AUGGACGACGUUAUUGCUACACUAAAGAUCUUAAUUAUAGGCGAAGCUGGCGUUGGUAAAUCCAGCCUUCUACUCCGUUUCACCGACGACCAAUUUGAUCCUGAACAGUCGGCAACGAUCGGAGUUGACUUUAAAAUUAAAACUGUUAAUGUCGAAGGCAACCGCGUAAAAUUGGCUAUUUGGGAUACGGCGGGUCAAGAAAGAUUUCGUACUUUGACUCCAAGCUAUUAUCGUGGGGCUCAAGGGGUUAUUUUAGUAUAUGAUACCAGCAAGAGAACUUCUUUUGAUAAGCUAGAAAAUUGGCUAACGGAACUUCGUACCUAUUGCACAAAGCGCGAUGUCAUCAAAAUGUUAGUUGGUAACAAAAUUGAUAAGGAUCAACGUGAAGUCGACACAUUGACUGGAACCAAUUUUGCCAGAAGAUAUCAAAUGCUAUUUACUGAAUGCAGCGCAAAAACCUGUGAUCAUGUUCAAGAUGCCUUCGAUGAAUUAGUGCAUAAAAUUAUUCAAACACCUGGCUUAUGGGAUACUGAAAAAAGUAACAGUGGCCUUAAAAUUGGUGAAAGAGAUGGGGAGGCCAAGGCAUCUAGCUGUUAUGGGGGUUGUUCACUCAUUUAA